CCCGAAGAAGAAGAAGAAGAAGAAGAAGAAGAAGAGAAAAGGCGGAAGUAAGCCACACGUCGCCGAGCGGCGCCCGAUCGUUCCUCCAAGCACUUUAUUAACGCUUUCAAAUCCAAGCUAGGGAUUUUUGUUGUUUUUAUCGACAGUAGAAGGCGUCAAUCCCAUUGAGACCUUUACUCCACUCUCGCGCAACCAAGCGUCUCUGUUUAGCUUAGCUCGUUAGCUUGCUAACAAAAAGUCACAGAAGUUUGCAACAUGCUAAGGUGGCUUGAGCCUCGAGUGUUUGUCUUUUGAGGGAAAACAUUGGUAGAAAAAUGAAGAAGAAAAAAUCUUCGUAGUAUUGUCAAAAGCAACAACAACGGAGAACGAGAAGGAACGAAAGAAUGACAAUCGGCGACUGGACGCUCCAAUGGAUUCUCACGCCGCAGCAGGUGUUGAGCGGAGAGAGAAGCUCUCGGGCGUGACAUGCGAAGCUUUGGAGGCCCAAGAGGAGGCGCUGUGGUCGCCCUGCCUCAAAGGGGAAGCAUGCCCCUUCAUCAAAAAGGAGGGGGAGGAGGGGACCGGCUCCCCCAGCAUCAAGGAGGAAGAGCAAGAAGUCGGCAUCAGCCAGGAAGCUGACGCCGGCAAGCAUACAGUCGCCGCGGUGAAGAGCGAAGACGGCAACCGUGGCGGCAAGGAGAAGCCCACGGCGCCGUUCGCAGAAACGUCCUCGCCAUCGCGCCGCUCUCCAGACGAGGACCGCCCGAGAGGAGGCCCCAGGAGCUCCAAAGCCUUCAGGUGCCCUCAGUGCGCCAAAACGUUUGGUAGCAAGAGCAACCUGAAGCGCCACAUGGGCUGCCACACGGGAGAAAAACUGUUCGGCUGCUCAGCGUGCGGCAAGCGUUUCUCCCAGAAGGGAAUCUUGAUGCGGCACGCCCGCACGCACACGGGAGAGAAACCGUUCAGCUGCCCCUUCUGCGCCAAAGGCUUCUCCUUGAAGGGAAACCUGCUGACUCACACCCGCAUCCACACCGGCGAGAAACCCUUCUCUUGUUCGGCGUGCGGCGCCAGCUUCACCGUGGGCUCGGCAUUGGUGCAGCACGCGAGGACGCACUCCGGGGAGAGACCCUUUGCCUGCUCUUUCUGCAGUAAAUCCUUCUCUCAGAAAGUCACCUUGAUGACCCACUUGAGAAGACACACGGGGGAGAAGGUGUUCCGAUGCCACGCCUGCGACCGCGCCUUUGCUUACAAGUACCAGCUGGGCAGGCACCCGUGUGGCGGCGGCAAGAGCGCCGACAUUCCGACUUUGAAUCGUAGCUAGCCAACCAACCUCGCCGGAGCUCCUUUCUGUUGCCAUUAUUUGGACCACUUUGGCGAACGGUCGCGGAAAACAUUUUGA